ACAAGGAAAAAAAAAAGAGCAGACAAGACGGCAGCGUUUCCUAGUGGACAAUCAAUUACCUAGUCUAUUGUCCUCCAAUUUCUGGUUAGGCUUGAGAAGGUCCACCCAUUUGUUGAGGAGGAGAUCCGUGUCUCUGUGCGAUAAUGGCAGGGCCAGGAAGCUCCAUGUUGUAUUCUAUUCUUUUGUUCAUUGUCAUUCUCUCGCUUCAAGAGAUGUAUCGAGGCAAGUUAGCAUCAACAGAGUUGUUUACCAUACUUGGAGGCUUCAUCAGUUCUUUCCUAUUUCUUGUGCUGCUAACAUUCAUUGGGAAUUUCCAGGAAACAUGUGGCAUGAAGACUGGGUGGGGCACAGUGGUAUUAGCAGAAGCCAUUGCUCUGAUUGCGGCUGGCACUGUUCAUCGUGUUUGCAUCACAACAUGUUUCUUGUUCUCAGUGGGACUACUGUACGAGGUCAACAAGCUUUCAGGGAUGAUACUUUCAAAAAGUGAAUCUAAAACAAGGAGGCACUAGGGGGGAUGCUAUUAUUGCUUUUCUUUUAAAUUAUGACCUGCUGAUCUUAAGUUCUGUUCUCUCGCCAGCCUUUGUCAAGUGAUUGUGAGAUUUAUUAGAUAUUUAUCAACAAGGCUGACUUUGAAACUAGUCACUUGUAGGGUACCAAGAAGAUGUUGGAUAAUCUUAUUUUCCUGCUUUCUUCAAGGGAAAAAAUAGUUAUUUUUUUAAUAAUAUUUUUGCUUCUGAAACAUUUUCUGCU